AUGGCGCCCAAGAAGGGGGAGCUGACCGAGGAGGAGAAGGAGCUGGUCCAAGUCAUAUCUAAAGGCAACGUUCAAGAUGCUGCGCAACUUCUGGGCAGUAAAGAGGUCCGGGUCAACUGCUUGGAUGAGCAUGGAAUGACCCCACUGAUGCACUCCGCCUACAAGGGGAAGGAGGAUAUGUGUAAACUACUCCUGCAGCAUGGAGCAGACGUCAAUUGUAAUGAACAUGAACAUGGAUACACCGCCCUGAUGUUCGCCUGUCUAUCAGGAAACAAAGACAUUGUGUGGAUGAUGCUCGAGGCCGGAGCGGACACUGAUGCCGUCAACUCGGUGGGGCGGACAGCGGCGCAAAUGGCAGCUUUUGUAGGUCAGCAUGAUUGCGUCACAGUCAUUAAUAAUUUCUUCCCGCGUGAGAAACUGGAUUAUUACACCAAGCCUCAAGGACUCAGCAAAGAACCAAAGCUACCUGUGAAGCUAGCCGGACCUCUACACAAGAUUAUUACGACGACAAACCUCCAUCCUGUGAAGAUCAUUUUCCUGAUUCAGGAGAACCCGCUACUGCUGGAUCAGGAAGCUCUGAAGAAAUGCAGCACAGUGCUGGAUCUGAUCUGUGAGAAGUGUAUGAAGCAGAAGGACAUGAAUGAGGUCCUGGCCAUGAAGAUGCAUUACAUCAGCUGCAUCCUCCAGAAAUGCACCACUUUCCUGCACGAGGGGGAAGAUAAGCUGGACCCUCUCAUUAAAAGCUUAUUGAAAGGCAGGGACAGUGACUGCUUUCCCGUUUUCCAAGAAAAGUUCAUCCGGGAAAGUAUCCGGAAGUUUCCGUUCUGCGAAGCCACACUCCUGCAGCAGCUGGUCCGAAGUAUCGCGCCUGUGGAAAUCGGAUCCGACCCGACAGCCUUCUCUGUGCUCACUCAGGCCAUUACCGGCCAGGUGGGCUUUGUGACCGCAGAGUUCUGUACAACAUGCGGAGAGAAGGGAGCCGAUAAGAGGUGCUCUGUGUGCAAGCUGGUGAUGUAUUGUGACCAGAACUGUCAGAAGUUGCACUGGUUCACACACAAGAAGGUCUGCAAGACGCUGAAAGACAAGAGAGAAAAAACAAGAGCUGGAAGCUGCCAAAGAGAAGAGAAGGCAGGAAAAGUUGUCGGAGAAAGAGGUGAAAGACACCGAGUCAAUCUCGGCAGGUGAAGGAAUACUGGAAGGAGAAGGUGAUAAACCCAAAGAAAGUGCAGACCUAGUGACCUCCGAGAGUUCGGUUUCACCAGAAAAUAACAGUUCCACCAUUACAGAAGAGCCCUCCGCUGAUACCAAUGUGUCACAAACAUCUGCUGGGUCAGAAAAGUGA